UGUCCGAGACAAAGUAAACAUCCAAGACGUUGUCUUUGUUUUCGGAAGUGUUUUAGUGUUUUUGAGAGCGGGUGACAAUAAAACUAUGAACAAAGGAUGGCUGGAGCUGGAAAGUGAUCCAGGCCUGUUCACUCUCCUUCUUGAGGACAUUGGUGUGCGUGGCGUGCAAGUUGAGGAAAUCUAUGAUCUCCAAAAAGCGUUGGAAGGGCCUGUGUACGGCUUUAUCUUCCUGUUCAAAUGGAUCGAGGAGAGACGAGCUCGAAGGAAGAUCAUUCAGGAACAGGAGUCAUUCGUCAUGGACGAUCAGAUUGUCACCAAUAUGUUCUUUGCAAAACAGGUCAUACCAAAUUCCUGUGCGACCCAUGCUCUCCUCAGUGUCAUGCUGAACUGUAAUACCCUACCUCUCGGAGACACGCUCACUAAACUGAAAGACUUCUGCAAGGACAUGGGACCGGAGGAAAAGGGCCAUGCUAUAGGAAAUAUGCCUGAUCUGGCUAAGGCACACAACAGCCACGCCAGAUCUGAGCAAAGAUUUAUCCCGGAGAAAGAGAAACAACAGGGGAUAUCAACCACGAAAACAGCAGAGGCAUUUCAUUUUGUGAGUUACGUACCGAUCAAUGGGCGUCUGUUUGAGCUGGAUGGAUUGAAGCCAUAUCCUAUCGACCAUGGACCUUGGGGUGAAAAUGAGGAAUGGACGGAACGGUUUCGGCAAGUCAUUUCAGAUCGACUUGGAAUGGCAACAGGAGGGGAGCCUUAUCAUGACAUCCGCUUCAACCUGAUGGCGGUAGUCCCCUGCAGACGUCAACAGCUCGAACACAAACUAACCACCUUGAAAACAAACAGACAGAUUGUACUGGAAGCUCUUCAGCAGCUGCUGGAUAAAAAGAUGGUGAAAGUUACCGAGCCAAUCCCUGAUGAAGAGAAAAAACUGAAAACUGAAAUGGACGGGGAUGGACAGACAGAACCAUUGGCUGUGCGAGUGUCUCAACGACUCUUAGAACGGAGAAACUCGGGUGUUGUGAUGGGGAUGGGAAAGUUACCGGCAUUUUUGGACGUACAUGACUAUGCUAAGAGUCCUAUUCGCGGGAGUCAGGAGGACGAUGAUAUGGACGUCAUUACGGUUGACACGGCCGGUGAUGUACCUGAUCCAAAUGUCGAUAUGGGUGGAAUUGGGGAGUCGUUAAACUUGAUGCCGGUAUUAGCAGACAUUGAUAUCGCUCGUAUCAAACGGAAUGAAUUACACAAUGAUGAUUCUGUUAAAAUAUCAAUUGCUGUUCGAGAGGAUGGGAGUUUAUCAAUACCGAUAACGGUGGCGUCGACCGACGUCACAAAACCGCUAUCAAUACGGACUCAGUUUGGGAAAAAACAAGUGCAAUUCACCGACGGUGGUGAAACGACUGACACAGCAUCAGAGGGUGGGACGCCUUGUUCCUCUGUGAACAGUAGUCCAAACUUUAAAGCACAGGCACGUCAAGCUCUAAGAGGUGCCGAUGACACGCCAGUUAAAAUUCCCACAAUUCCUGAGGAGUUGCGCAAUCAUAAGGACGAGGUCGAAUUAAAGGUGGAGCCGACCGAAAAUAUCAAAGUUGAGAUCGAUGAAGAAUUUGUUGCUCCGGAAGAGAAGCCAUCGCCAUUCUCAAAACACCAAGGAUUUACACCAAAGGAUUUGUUAGAUCUGCUGAAGAACGUUGAAAGUGAGAUUAAAAGUAGUGAAGCAAAACUGCAAGAUGAAGUGGAGAAACGAAAAAGAUAUAAGAUCGAUGAUUGUCGACGGACGCACAACUAUGAUCAAUUCAUCUGUACGUUCUUAUCCAUGCUAGCGGAACAAGGACAUCUUGCUGAAUUAGUCGAGGACCAACUGAUUAUCAAACGACGACAGGGGGUUAACAUUGGGAAGCUUCAAAAGUCUAAGAAAGCAAACAACAAUCGGAAACGAUCAAGGUCGAAAAAGAAGCGAUGAAAAUCGUAUUUUGAGUAUAACAUUGGUGUUUUGUCUGUUGACUCUUCUUGUAAGUGAUUGAAGUGUGUUUGGCUUAGACAUGUUGGAACUUGUUAUGGGGAUGAGGUAUCCUUACUCCACUCACUAUACCUCUCAGGCUUGUCAGGGCUGUGCCUUCCAGUUAGGAGUGAGACCCAGCGGCAAAUGUGACUGGAGGCCUGGUUUAAUAGGGUUAUAUAACGGUUUACUGAGCAAGGACAUUAGACUAUGUGUGGAGGCGGCCAGGGAUGGGAGACUAUGAUUGUUGUUGAUCUAUUUCAUCAAUGGUGCUUAUGUGUUCUGUGAAUUUUGUAAGAAAUAAUGCAGUUGAAUCGGUCACAAAUGCAAGAGAUGGAUGAAGGUGGACGACAGAUGGGAGCUAAUGCCAUGACAUUACUCUGCGGAGAACCCAAACCGCUCCACCUGAGUGGUUUGGGUGAGACAACCAAUACCUCCAUUUCGUUAUCAAUUCCUUCACCCACAUCACCUUCACAAUCAGCCACCGAGGUCAAGUCACCAUGGUGACAAAACAUGGCGGUUUGCCUGGAAUCAGCCUGUAUGUAUGUUGGCGAUUGCACGGAUCAAGCAGUCAGAAAAUCGGGUGUUAGUUGAAAAAUCAACUAGUUUGGCCGAUUCCUGGAUUUCAACUCUAAUUUUAUUGUGGAAGCAUUGAAAUGUGUUGUUAGUCUAUAUGUGCUAUACUGAAAACAUGGCUCUGCAAAGGAUAGAUCUAUCUUUGGUCAGUGUUUGAUAUGGCUUGUAAAUUUCUAUGAAAAUAAAGUA